AUGGCCAUCGCAGCGGUAAUCACUUGCACGUCGUCGACCAAGCGCAAGGCGAGUGCUGACGCGUCCGACGGCGACACGGAGCGCAGAAAGCGCAGAGUUUGGUCCGCCAACAAGCCGAAUUCGACCUCGGACGGUCUUCUGACGCCCGCCGUCUGCGAUUUCAAUGCGCUGUCGCUGGGAUCGCCCAUGCCCAUUUCGGGGAACGGCGCUCUGGCCCCAGUCGCUCAGAUGGACGUCAACUGCCAGUUCGACUACCCAUUUACUUUCGACUGUCCUAUCCGGAGCCGCUUCAAAGCGGACGCCUUGGUGGGCAACCACAACGGUACCGACUUUAUUGUUCACAGAAACGUUUGUCUGGGAUCACCCGUGCCUUUUUCAGGGAACGCAGCUCUGGCCCCAGUCGCUCAGAUGGAGCUCUACUACCCCCUUCCCAUCGACUGUCCUGGCCAGAGCUACCUCACAGCGGACGCCUCGGAGGGCCACCACGACGACAGCGACCUUUUUGUUCCCCAAAACGACGAUUGUCUCGUCAUUGACGUCGGCGACGACGGCUACAAGCUGCCGCCCGACCUGGAGCGCGAGCUGUUCGGCCCUCCCGUCGAGGAGCUUCUGCGCAUGGAUGCGGAGGCGGCUGCGUCGUCGCGGCCCGUCCAACUCUGA